UUUUUAACUUAACCAAACACCGCCUCUCACUCCGCUCAACACCGCCCAAAAAAUCAUACCCACCAAAAACAACAAGAAAUCUAACAAUGGCUUCCAUGACCAUGACCGCCUCAUUCUUGUGUGGCUCCGCCGCCUCCGCCGCCUCCGCCGCCGCCGCCACCAGGCAUCUCCCCACCACCUCCCGCCGUGGAGCGAUGGUGGUGAGGGCCGCCUCAAAGGACGUCUCGGAAGAGGUAGGAGCCACCGCCGCCAAGGAAGAGAGCAGCAACACUAGGAGGGGCAUGAUGUUCGCGGUGGCGGCCGCCGCCGCGUCCUCCGUCGCUAAAAUUGCGAUGGCCGACGAACCCAAGCGGGGCAGUGCCGAAGCUAAGAAGAAGUAUGCGCCCAUUUGCGUCACCAUGCCAACCGCCCGCAUCUGCCGCAAUUGAUCCAUAUAUAUAUAUAUAAAUUUAAUUAAUCAAGUGGUGCUUGCUUUUUGGUGACCGAUCAUUCUGAUGUAAAAACCUUAUUAUCAUGCUCUUUGUUGUUCUUGAAUUAAGGUGUUUUUUUGUUAAUAUUAGUUUGGUAUGGUUAUCCUUU